GUUCUGAAUCUGCUUCUCCACGUAUCGCCUUGGAGUUCCUAGCUGGCACCAUUACCUCCAACGAGUGGAGUUCUCCCACCUCCCCUGAGGGGAGCAACGACUCGGGGGGCAGCGAGGCCUUGGAGAAGCCCAUCGACAAUGACGCGGAGGGCGUGUGGAGCCCGGACAUCGAGCAGAGCUUCCAGGAGGCGCUAGCCAUCUACCCGCCCUGCGGGCGGAGGAAGAUCAUCCUCUCCGACGAGGGCAAGAUGUACGGACGCAAUGAGCUCAUCGCUCGCUACAUCAAGCUGAGGACUGGGAAGACACGCACGAGGAAGCAGGUGUCCAGUCACAUCCAGGUCCUGGCAAGGCGGAAGGCUAGAGAGAUCCAAGCCAAGCUCAAGGACCAGGCAGCUAAAGAUAAAGCCAUGCAGAGUAUGGCUACGAUGUCAUCUGCCCAGAUUAUCUCUGCAACUGCCUUCCACAGUAAAAUGGCCUUGCCUGGUCUCCCUCGGCCAGCCUACCCUGCUGUUUCUGGGUUUUGGCAAGGACCUUUGCCAGGCCAAGCUGGAUCUUCCCAAGAUGUGAAGCCUUUUUCUCAGCAACCGUAUGCUGUACAGCCUCCGCUGCCAUUGCCAGGGUUUGAGUCUCCUGCUGGCCUCUCGCCUUCCCCAUCAGCACCAGCCUGGCAAGGACGACGGGUUGCUAGCUCCAAACUUUGGAUGUUAGAAUUCUCUGCAUUCUUGGAACAACAACAAGACCAAGACACAUAUAACAAACACCUGUUUGUGCACAUUGGGCAGUCCAGCCCCAGCUGCAGUGACCCCUACCUCGAGGCAGUGGACAUCCGGCAGAUCUACGACAAGUUCCCCGAGAAGAAGGGGGGCCUGAAGGAGCUCUUCGAAAGGGGGCCGGCUAAUGCCUUCUUCCUUGUCAAGUUCUGGGCUGAUUUGAACACCAAUAUUGACGAUGAAUCCAGAUCUUUCUAUGGUGUUUCCAGCCAAUAUGAGAGUCCAGAAAACAUGGUCAUUACCUGUUCCACCAAAGUGUGUUCCUUUGGAAAGCAAGUAGUGGAGAAAGUGGAGACGGAGUACGCGCGCUACGAGAACGGGCACUACUGCUACCGCAUCCACCGCUCCCCGCUCUGCGAGUACAUGGUCAACUUCAUCCACAAGCUCAAGCACCUCCCCGAGAAGUACAUGAUGAACAGCGUGCUGGAGAACUUCACCAUCCUACAGGUUGUGACAAACAGGGACACACAGGAGACCUUGCUGUGCAUAGCAUAUGUUUUUGAGGUGUCAGCCAGUGACCAUGGUGCCCAGCAUCACAUCUACCGGCUGGUGAAGGACUAGAGACUGCCCCGAGCCACCCGUGGGAUGCCUGUCUGAGAGAAGAGCCUGUGCUUUACAGCCCCUGCCCCUCCUACCAAACUGAAAGAAUAAACUGCAGAUAUUAUGUAUUUUCAGAAAAGCA